AGAAGAAGAAGAAGAAGAAGAAGAAAAAGUUGAAGGUGGAAUCCAUCAAAAUGUCAGUCCUUCUUUGCAAAUAUAUAUUUAUAACUCUCUUUCUGAAAGUGAUAUAAAACAUAUAUAAACACAAAUAUUUGGCCAUUUCCCUCUUCCUUCAGUACAUACACACGCCUCUCUGUAUUCUAAUUCUUCUUCUUCGUCGUCUUCUUGUUCUUCAGUUCUUCUCUCUAGUUUCUUGAAAUUUAGAGCUAUCAUUUCUUGAAUUUAUUUCUAUUAUUAUUGUUAUUAUUAUGACUUCAUGUUACCGCCGGUUAGACACCGGGGUAACCGGUCCGGUCCAUUCCCAGCAGCAGCGGCCACGAAGACUAGAGAUUGUAUCUCUCCCAGUAAACCGCAAUCUCACAACAAAUCAACGGCUAGGAAUAUUCUUAAGAUCUCCAAAACAUUCAAAAUCAUCGUUCUUAAUAGAGGCGGUGCUGGGUCGAUCAGAGGGCGGAAAUGAAGCAGAAAAAGUAGGGCGGUAUUCGUAUUCGGUAGGAGAUCAGACAGUGGGGGAGGUAGAUGGGAUUGAGAAGAAUCACAAAUUGGAGGUGGCGGUUGCAGCGUCGGCUACAGUGGUGUUAGGUGUAGGGAAUAGAGUUCUGUAUAAGCUAGCUCUUGUUCCUCUCAAGCAUUACCCUUUCUUCCUCGCACAGCUCGCUACUUUCGGAUAUGUUAUUGUAUACUUCACUUUCUUGUAUAUUCGGUACCAUGCUGGAAUUGUCACGGAUGAGAUGCUUUCUAUGCCAAAAGCUCCAUACCUUCUUGUUGGACUUUUGGAGGCUCUUGCAGCAGCUACAGGAAUGGCGGCUGCAGCAAUUCUCUCUGGAGCAUCAAUUCCAAUUCUCUCUCAGACUUUUCUUGUAUGGCAAAUUCUCCUGUCAACUAUUUUUCUUCGACGGAGAUAUAAAGUGAAUCAGUUACUUGGUUGCUUCCUUGUUGCCAUUGGUGUAAUCAUAACUGUAGCGAGUGGAUCUAGUGCUGGUCCAUCAUUACAGGAAGCUGGUAUAUUUUGGAGUGUUUUGAUGAUAUUCUCUUUUCUAUUACAAGCUGCUGAUACAGUGCUCAAGGAAAUUAUUUUCCUGGAUGCUGCUAAGCGGUUAAAGGGAGGUUCAGUAGAUAUUUUUGUUGUGAACUCCUAUGGAUCUGCUUUCCAAGCACUGUUUAUAUGCCUUCUUCUUCCUUUUAUGUCGAAAUUAUGGGGAGUACCAUUUGGUCAGCUUCCAAGCUAUCUUAAAGAUGGGGCAGUCUGCUUUCUGAACAUGGGUGGUUUAUCAAGUGGAUGUGAUGGUGCACCCCUGCUACCUUUGCUGUUUGUUCUAGUCAACAUGGGUUUUAACAUAUCAUUAUUGCAUCUCCUCAAGAUAUCUUCUGCUGUUGUGUCCUCCCUUGCUUCCACAUUUUCAGUGCCAAUAUCAGUAUACGUGUUCACAUUGCCAUUGCCAUUCCUUGGUGUUGCAUCGUCCCUUCCUACAGGCUUUGUUGCAGGAGCCAUUGUACUGGUUUUGGGUUUGCUUAUCUAUGCUUGGACACCAUAUGCUAGUUCGAAUGGGGCAUCUUCUGCCUCUCCCAAUUGAAAAUAUAAUCAUUUAUUUGCCUCACCAUUUGCAUUUUCAACCUCAGAAAAUGGUGUGAGCCAGCUCUUCAUUUAGAGCUAGUAAAAAAAGAAAGAAAGGAGCAAGAGUAUGCUGUUGUAGUUGUAAUUUUGACUGUAAUUGUAAUCUGUGCUCAUUAAUGUGUGAUGGCCGAUUGGAUAUUGAUGAUUCUUUUUUGGAA